GUACCUACACAAACCAUUAGCAUCAGUGGUAAACCUCAAGCUUCUGGUUGUUUCCCGCCCUAGUCACAAGCAAACCCACUUAAAAUGUCCUCUGUUAGCAAGGUAAUUCUACAGGGAACAGGCUACAAUCCUGCAAUUGGACCGCAAUCAACAGAUCCUAAACAGCAGAAACCUACACCAAACCAACCGGCAACCGGUGUGCAGCAAUCAUCUCCUCUGCCUUCUCCAGAGAUGAUAAAGAAACAGGUCAAUGUGACCAGCCAUAUAUACGACAGAAACCUAUACCGGACCAAACACGAAAUAUCAGUUUCUUCCCUCUGUUUCCUUUUCAUGCAGAUCAUCUCAAUGAACUUGAAGAACUCGAAGAGUUUGCUCGAACUCGAAAGAAAGCUAAACAACUUGGGCUAUACUGUCGGCUUGAAAUACUUAGAAUUGAGCUCUCUUAGAGUCAACUUCAGCAACAACAUCUCAUCGACCGGUAAAUCCAAUCUAUCGAAACGAAAUAUCAGACUGUUGGAAAGCUUGCAGUUCAUCGUCUCUUCCAUCUGGACGAGUCUUUUCGAUAAGCAGGCAGAUAGCUUGGAAAAGUCUUCCGAGCAUGAAAAUCAGUACAUGAUAAUUGAUAACAACCCCGUGAUGACAAAAUAUAUUGGAUUGCCCAAAGAGUAUGAGAACUUGAACUGUGAAUCUUUUGUCGCAGGUAUAAUAGAAGGUAUGUUGGACAUCAGCUACUACAAAUGUGAAGUCAGUGCCCAUACUGUUCCAAGAGACACUUUUCCCAACAGAACCGUCUACUUAAUCAAACUAGAUGACUCUGUUUUGGCAAGGGAGGCUCGUCUUGACGUAUAGUUUGCCCUUUUCCGUAUGUGCCACGCUUUAACUCAGUUUUCUGAUCGGAUUUCGUGAUGCUUAUACUUCUUUCCUAAGCUUAUUUUUACUCAUAAAUAAUCAAUCCCACACACAUGUCUAGGCAACUGAGAAUAUAUCCCUCUCAGGCCCCCCAUCGAGGAAGCCAAAAGUCAACUUGUAUGUAUCUUUUUCGUUUACCGAACUUCACCGAUUUCUUCCCGAUUCCAUCCCGUUCUUGCCUUACUAAUACUUGUAGACGGUAAAAGAAACUCUUUCACUGGCUUUCCGAGAAAGGCUGUAGCUGCAGCCAACAUGGAGCAUGUCAAGCAG